UUGAACAUAACUCUUCUUCAUUCGUAGAAAUUUGAAUCAUAAGGAAAUGGAUUCUAGGCUUGUAGAGGCAAUUAGGAGAAAUGACACGUUUACAAUGAUCAGUUUAUUUCAAGAAAACGAAGGAAUUCUUGAACAGAGAACGGCCGAAUCCUUGGACACAGCAUUACACCUCGCUUCAAAGUUUGGACACGUUGACAUGGUGUCAGAAAUUGUUAAGCUGUGCCCGGACAUGGUUGCUACUCAGAACAAGAUGCUGGAGACUCCAAUACAUGAAGCUUGCCGCCAAGGGAAUGCCAAGGUGUCGAAGCUGCUGUUAGAGGCCAAUCCUCGGGCACCUACUUGUAAGCGUGCGUUUUUCCUGGCUUGUAGUCAUGGCCAUCUAGACGUCGUGAAGCUCCUCUUAAACCACGCCGCCGCGAUGCUGGGUUUAGAGGAAAACGUAAUAUUCGAUCAAACUUGUAUUCAAGUCGCAGCAUCCACAGGACAGACUGGUGCUGUUUGGGAGUUGCUUAACGCCAUUGACGAGAGUGGAAACUCGCCAUUGCACCACGCUUGUAUUCAAGGGCACAGGGAGAUAACCCGGAUGCUCCUCAAGUGUGACGUAACUCUCGCUUCGCAAUAUAACUUCAAUGGUUACAUGCCAGUACACAUGGCAUCGAUGAAUGGCAGAGUUUCAAUCCUUGAAGAAUUGGUGCUGAUCGCUCCGGCAUCUUUUCACCAUGCCACGAAUGAGGGAGAGAAGACAGUCUUUCAUCUGGCUGUGAUAUACGGCCAAUACCAGGCCCUUCUGUACUUGGUGCAUACCUGCAACGGUACAAAUCUCAUUCACCGUCUAGAUAAUGAUGGUAACACCAUUUUGCAUCUUGCAGUUUCCGCUGGGCAACAUCAGAUAGCAGAGUACUUGAUCAACAAAACAAAAGUGGAGAUUAAUUGUCGAAACUUUAAAGGACUCACGGCACUUGACAUCCUUGACCAGGCUAAGGACAGUACAGAGAAUCGCCGUCUUGAAGCCACGUUUGUUAAAGCUGGUGGCAGAAGAAGUAUCGAACUGUUAUCUCGUUCGCCGGAAGUAGAAAGAUUCAACGGUCAGGGUGGCAUAGAUCGUGAAAUGGAGAUAUCCAUUAUGAGCUCGCCGGUCGGAUUCGGCCAGGGAACUAGCUCUAGGACUUCAUCGCCGCAGCAACAAGUUUGGGAGACAUUCCCAGCCAAUUUGCAACAACACAAGCGUCCUAAGAAAAGGCACCGGCCGCAGGAAAGCGUAGGUGAUCAUCAGUUUUACACUAGCAACCGAAACAGGCAGCGUGAAAUAUACAUGGAAGCAUUACAAAAUGCUAGGAACACCGUAACAUUAGUUGCCAUUUUGAUCGCAACAGUUACUUUCUCUGCUGGAAUUAGUCCUCCUCAUGGUGUGGGUGAUCAGGAGAUAAAAAAGAAAGGGAAUUCAACGGCAGGCAGAACAACAGCUCAUAAGGAUUCAAUGGAUGGCAGAACAACAGCUUUGAAGGUCUUUGCGAUAAGUAACAACAUUGCAUUGUUCACCUCUCUUGCCAUAGUAAUCGUUCUUGUCAGCAUCAUCCCCUUUCGCAGAAAACCACAGAUGAUGUUGUUGAGGGUUGCUCACAAGGUCAUGUGGGUAUCUGUGGCAUUCAUGGCGACAGCUUAUGUUGCAGCCACAUGGGUGGUUAUGCCGCACGGUGAGGGCACAGAUUUGCUAUUUGUCACGAUACUAGCAGUAAGCUGUGGCUCCCUGGGUGUGAUUUUUAUUGUUCUAGGAGUGGUGCUCGUUGAGCACUGGCUGCGCAAAAUGAAGUGGAGAAAACUAAGGAAGGAUCGAGGGCCGAGAAUUUCAGAUCCUGACAUGGAAAGUCAAAAUUCAGAUGUUGAGAGCUCAUACCAGCAAGGAUAUUACUCAUACUGACUAUUUGCUCAGGGUCCAGAGAGGCUGAUCGACCUUCUUAGUACAGUACUGGUUAUCAUAACUCACAAUAUAGGAUUUCCUUACAAAUUGUUUUGUUCAUCAUGCAUUUUUCUUUGUAUUCAUUGUUCUUUGUUUUAAUGAAAAUCAUCUUAUUUACCCAAAAAAAAAAAAAAAAUCGUUCUUUGAAUAAUUA